AUGGAUCUCUUAUCUACUAUACGCAAAUCUGGUUCACGAGGAGGUGUAAACUUUAGUUGGGAUGAGGUUCAAAGUUCUCAACAUCGAGAAAAUUACCUUGGUCAUUCUCUUAUGGCCCCAGUUGGUCGAUGGCAAAAGGGAAAAGAUUUGAAUUGGUACGCAAAGGGAGACGCUCAAACGACUGGCAACGAGACUGCAGAAGAGAAGCAGGCACGAGAAAGAAAAGAAGAGAUUCGAAAAAUUAAAGAGGCUGAGGAAGACGCGAUAGCAAGGGCUCUAGGAUUGCCGGUCGCACAGCGUGGUGAAGCCACAGGAGCAAAUAACGUGGAAGUUGGAGAAUUAAAAAGAGUUAUCAAAGAAUCGGAAGAAGGAACCGAUGAUGCUGAAGGAAUGGGAAAGGGUACUGGAUUUGGCGAUUAUGUUGGUAAUACUGAUGGGCAAGAGAUGCUGCAGAUAAAAUCCGAGCCUUCAGAGCAGAGAGGUGGAUUACUGAGGAAUGACCGCAAUAAUGAAAGAACCAAUAGAUCCGGAGCGGAUAGAGAAGGGCGAUCAAAGGAAAAAGAUAGACGAAGACAUCGAAGUCGAAGUAGGGAUCAUGAAAGAGAACGAAAUCACAGGAAGCAUCGACAUAGGUCAAGAAGUGGUGAACGAGAACAUCAUAGGCGUCGACAUGAUGCCAGCCCGCGAAGAAGGGCAAGAAGUCGUAGUCCAGCAGCUCGACCCCGCAGAUAUCGGAGCAGAAGUCCCGAUCGAAGACAUCGAUCAAGGAGAGAAGAUGAGAGUUCUAGACACAACAAUCCACGGGAGCGAGUGCCUCGAAGAAGUCGCUCGCCAGACAUACGAGGCAGAGAAGACAGGAUGCCAGAGAAGAGACGUUAAUUUCAUGAUAUUUUUUCUCACAUAUGGGGAGGGAGUCAUCGAAAUGGCGUUGAUAUUGUAAUGAAAGUAUACCCAUUUGUAGUAUUCAGUCUACUCAAAUACAUAUUCAGAAUGCAAAGUAAUGAUUCAAAAUUGCUCACAUACCUGACAAUACCCCUAUCUGAUU